AUGGCGCAUAUUUUAAGUGGGUCUUUUCCAAUUUCAGGAUUGAAUUACCGGUUGUGAUUAGAGAACAAAAGUACACGCGCCACCGCUGUAAAAGUCGAUUCCUUUUUCCUCUAUAUUUGUAACCAACGCCUCAUUACUUCAAUUCCGCCCCCACAAAACCGGUACACAACUACGCCUUCGCCCCUUUCUCCUCUUCCCAUUUUCUCAUCUCCCUUCUUUUUUUCUCGAGAAGAAAAAAAUUUUGAGGAGGAAGAGUUGCAUUCAUCGAAACCCGAAUAGAGAUGAAGGGACUUUUCAAGCCGAAGCAACGACCGCCGGUGGAGCUCGUGCGGUACACGCGUGAGCUCCUCAUUUUCAUUGAGCGGAAUCCCGAGGCUCGUGAGCAAAAGCGGGAAGAGAAGAUAUCUGAGCUCACUAAGGCCAUCUCUCAGAUGAGAACGGUUCUUUAUGGAAAUGAUGUAGCAGAGCCAAAUCCAGAAGCUUGUGCUCAGUUGACACAGGAGUUCUUCAAGGACGAUACGUUUCGCCUUUUAAUAGCUUGCAUUCCGAGGCUGAACUCAGGGUCCCGACAAUGUGCAACUCAUGUCAUUGCCAAUCUGCAGCAACAGCAGGUUAAGUCGCGGAUAAUUGCCUCCGAAUUCUUCGAGAACAACAUGGAUAUUAUGGAUAUUUUGAUACCGGGUUACGAAGACAGUGACAUCGCUUUAACUUACGGCGCAAUUGCGAGAGAAUGCAUUCGUCACCAAUCUGUUGCUAGGUAUGUCCUGGAAUCAGAGCUUCUGAGGAAGUUUUUUGAAUACAUACAAAAUCCAAUAUUUUACAUAGCAUCAGAUGCUUCUGCAACUUUUAGAAAACUUUUGACAAGGCAUAAAUCUACUGUGGCUGGAUUUCUUUCUAAAAAUUACGAGUGGAUCUUUGAAGAAUACCACACGCAGUUCCUGGAAUCAACAAAUUACAUCACCAAACGGCACGCUGUGAAGUUGUUGGGCGAUAUACUUCUCGACAACUCCAACUCAGCUGUGAUGGUUCAGUACGUGAGCUCCUUGGAUAAUAUGAGGAUCGCGAUGAACCUUCUUAGGGAUCCAAACAAGACAAUCCAGAGGGAUGCCUUCGAUGUAUUCAAGCUAUUUGUUGCAAAUAAGAACAAGCCUCCAGAUAUCACGGGUGUACUUGUUGCAAAUAGAACCAAGCUUCUUCGAGUUCUCAGCGACCUUAAACUAGAGAAAGAGGAUGAAGGGUUCGAAGCAGAUAAAACUCAGGUCAUGAGAGAGAUCACCAUUCUUGAACCAAGCGAUCCCCCGUCCUCCGAAUCGUACAACUGUGAGGUCCAAUGUUGAUUUCAGUUUCAGAUACACCAUUUUUUUUUCUUUUGUUAUUGCACCUUAAAUUGAGCCAGAGGUAGAUAUCAAGUCAUGGUUUUCAUGGUUUUUGAUAUAAAAAGCAUGAGAGAUGUCUAUCAAGGGCAGAUGUACACAUAUCACCAGAGAAAAGAUGUAAAUUCUAACUUUGAUACAGAUUCUUUGUAUAAUUAUCCAUUUUGUGCAUGUUUUGUA